GUAGAAUUCGCCAUUUAACGGGGGACUGAUGGUGAUGAAUAUAGGAUUUACAUGCAUGAUUGAUGGAUGAAUAGACUGACAAAAUAAUUUGAUAACAUUUCUCUACAUUAUAACAGUAUUAGUUUCAGUGUAAAUCUGAAAAGCUAUGAGAAAGGAGACGUUAAUGUGUGAAAAAAGUAUCAGAAAACUUUCCUCAGCAUGUUCUGUCAGGUUGUGACAAUCGCUCUGUUUGGAUUUGGCUUAAAAUAUUUUCUUAAUUACAGAGAUUGGCUGGACUGGAACAAGGACCAGGUGUUUAACAUCAAACCAGGCGCCUGUAAAACUGUUAUACAGAAGGGCGGGGCUGAGGAUGCUACACAUAUUGGAAAUGGCAUUGUUUUGAUGUCGACGGGUUUGACGUUUUUCGGACCACCAGGACAAAUCAAGGCGUUGGACCUGAACAAUGAUAACAAGUUGAUAACAUUAAAUAUGACAAAUGUUCCUACAAGAUCAGAUUUUCUUUCGGGGCCUCAUGGAAUAACAACAUGGCGGGAUCCAGAUACAGACCAGCUGUUUCUGUAUGUGAUAUGUCACCCAAAGCCAGAAGAUCGAAUAGAAGUGUUCGAGGUUCUCAAAUCUUUGACUUUGAAAUACAUACGGACAAUAACAGACCCGAAGUUUGAACUUAUGAAUGACUUGGUUGCCGUCGGAAAGGAUAAGUUCUACAUCACAAAGUCCAUUCAUUUCCGCAAUUUCAUGUGGUACAAUUGGGAGAUGCUAAGUGGUUUGAAAUUAGGUGGAGUUUUUUACUACGACGGUCAUAAAGCACGAGAAGUUGCCUCGGGAUACUACAUACCUAAUGGAAUUAACAUCUCGCGAGAUAAAAAGGUGGUAUAUGUCGCAGAAUGGGGAACAAAGACAAUAAGAGGUUUCAAAAGAGAUUCAUCAAACAGCCUUAUUGAAAUAUGGAGCAUGAACACGGGGACUGGCAUUGACAACAUCGAAGUUGACCCGGAUACUGGUGAUCUCUGGAUUGGGUGUCAUCCAAUCACAUGGAGACUCGUUGACAUGUUCUACGGUUCUUUACACCCCAGUCAGGUGGUCCGAGUCAAGAUUCAAGAUAACGCUAUUUCAGAGAUGGAAGUUAUUUAUCAAGAUGACGGAACAAACUGCGCUGGAUCAUCAGUAGCCACUUACGCCGCCGGGAAAUUAGUCAUUGGAACUGUCUUAAAACAAGCAGUUGUUUGUGAUGUUAAUUACUUAACACCGAACUAGAUCUCUGCCUGAAGUUGAAAUUUAAAAUCUGAAUAGAGAUCUUUUGGAAGCUGACAAUUAUAGAAACCUCUUACUAUUUGUUCUAAAUUUAAUGUAUUUGAAACAGGUGAAAAGAAAUACUGUGUGUUUUGUCAUUCGGACUACUUUAAUGUAAAAUGUGCGUGUUGUUUAUGUAUUAAAUCUUAUUACUUUAUUAA